AUGAAGGAAUUGAUCAGGGAUACUACGUUUGGCAAAGUGGUUCGAGUGGCGGGUGGGAAGAAGUUCUUGGGAUUCGAAGAAGAGAGGGAUCCUUCGUUAUGGAAGACAUAUGUCAAUAAGGAAAAGUCCGGCCAGAUGGCACAUCACGGUUACGUCGGUGAGGAAGAAAAGAACGAGGAGAACGAAGAGUCAAAUAGCAACAGAAAUAAUUCCGAACCUCAGUCAGGCGUCCUACAGCCGGACAACCAAACCCGUAGCAGCUCCGAGACGAGGGUAGGAAGCAAUGACCAGAACAGAAACGAGGUUAGCGGUGUUCCUGUAGACCCCGAAAAGGGUCGAGAUGUAACUAUCGUGACAUGGUAUGGACCGAACGAUCCAGAGAAUCCUCAAAACUGGGGUACUGGAAAGAAAUUCUUCGUCACCUUCCUCAUCUGUUUCCUUACUUUCUCCGUUUAUAUCGGAUCUGCCAUCUACUCCGCUGGUAUUAUGGGCGUGGAACAACAAUUUGGCGUUAGCCAAGUCGCUGCAACAUUAGGUUUGUGUUUGUUCGUCGCUGGUUAUGGUCUUGGCCCCAUGAUUUGGUCACCACUAUCAGAGAUUCCUCAGAUUGGUCGAAUGCCAAUCUACGUCGGAACUCUGUUCGUCUUCGUAUUCCUUCAAUUCGCUGUCAUCUAUGCCACCAACUUCGGCAUGUUGCUCGCCUUCCGAUUCUUGACCGGGUUUUUCGGCUCUCCUGUUCUUGCGACUGGUGGUGCUUCUCUGUCAGAUAUUUACAAACCAUCUAAACGAGCAUAUGCCAUUGGAAUCUGGGGUAUCGCAGCUGUUUCUGGACCAGUUCUUGGACCACUCAUUGGUGGAUUCGCAGCUCAACACAAAGGAUGGACGUGGACAAUCUGGGAACUUCUUUGGCUUUCCGGCUUCGCACUUAUCCUUAUGAUCUUCUUCCUCCCAGAGACCUCCUCCGCCAACAUCCUCUACCGCCGUUCCCGCCGUCUUCGCAAACUCACAGGACGCACCGACCUUAAAUGUGAACCGGAGCUCAUGUCAGAACAGAUGUCGCCUAAGGAUAUCGCUCUCAUGGUCCUCGUCCGACCAUUCUCACUCACAUUCACCGAACCAAUUCUCUUCGCCCUCAACUUGUACAUUGCCUUGAUUUAUGGUCUCCUCUACGUCUGGUUCGAAUCCUUCGCCAUCGUCUUCAUCGAAGUCUACGGCUUCAACCUGGGCGAAGAAGGUCUCUCAUUCUUGGGUAUCCUCAUCGGUGGUUUCGCCGUCAUCCCGCCAUUCUUCCUCUACCUCUACAAGGUACAAGAACCACAAUUCGACGAAAACGGCGAAAUCGCACCAGAGAAACGUCUGCCUCCAGCUUGCGUAGGCGCUUUCUGCAUCCCUAUCUGCCUCUUCUGGUUCGGUUGGACAUCUCGCGCAAGCAUCCACUGGAUCGUUCCCAUCAUCGGCUCUUCAUUCUUCUCCAUUGGUGCAUUCCUCCUCUUCAAUUCCGUCUUGAACUAUCUCGGUGACGCAUACCCUGAGUAUGCCGCUAGUGUGUUUGCCGGAAACGAUUUCAUGCGAAGUGCCUUCGGUGCUGGCUUCCCUCUGUUUGCGAAUGCUAUGUAUAGAAAUCUUGGAACGAACUGGGCGAGUAGUACGCUUGGGUUCUUGAGUAUUGCGUUCAUUCCGAUUCCGUUUGUGCUGUGGAAGUAUGGAAAGCAGAUUCGGUUGAAGAGUAAGAGAGCGAGACAUGAUUUGUAG